AUGGAUUCUGACAUAAUGAACAUGAUGCAACAAAUGGAGAAGCUUCCUGAGUUCUGUAACACUAACCCAUCUUUCGUCGACCACAACAACAACAACAACACUUACCCUUUUAUGUUCAACUCAAACCAUAACCAUCCUGACUCAAUGACCUACGAACCCGGUUUCCUAUACGGUUCCGGAUUACUCUCUAACCCUUCUUCUCUCUCUCCCAACACAGCUUACUCUUCUGUUUUGCAAGAUAAAAGAAACAAUAACACGAACAUGGCAGCUAUGCGAGAGAUGAUCUUUCGUAUCGCCGUGAUGCAACCGAUACAUAUCGACCCUGAGGCGGUAAAGUCACCUAAGAGGAGGAACGUGAGGAUCUCUAAAGACCCACAGAGCGUGGCUGCUAGGCACCGAAGGGAGAGGAUAAGCGAGAGGAUUCGUAUUUUGCAACGGCUUGUUCCUGGUGGAACCAAGAUGGAUACAGCUUCGAUGCUCGACGAGGCCAUUCAUUAUGUGAAGUUUCUAAAGAAACAAGUGCAGUCCCUGGAGGAGCAAGCGGUGGUUAACGGCGGGGGAGGAAGUAGGGUUUUGGUUGGCGGUGGUGGAGUCACGGGGGCGGUGAGUGGUGGCGUGGUUAUGAAAGGGUGUGGAGCAAUGGGGACUCAUCAGAUGGUGGGCAAUGCACAGAUUCUUAGAUGA